AUGUCAUCGAUUCCCAAUCUCAACACGCUCCGCUCCGGACGUCGUGGUCCUCGACUGCGCGAGCGUCGCGGUUCCCGUGGGCGAGGUCACCGCGUCAUUCUCGGCGAAGAGGACAUCGAAACGUCGAGAGAUCAGGUCAUCCAGCAGACAGACAACGAUGCAAGCAGCAGCCGAAUGAGCGCCGUCGAGUCAGGAUACUUGGAAGACCCAUUCGCGAAAUCUUUCUUUCCAGCGGGACAAGAGGUGGCCAGAAGGUAUCCCAUCAUCAAUCGUGGAACGUAUGUCAGGACUAAGGGAAUCGACCGCCUGGUGAGCUGCUUUCUUAAUACAGAUCCAGAUUCUGAAAAGCAAAUUGUCUCCCUUGGUGCGGGGUCCGACUCUCGCUUCUUCCGCAUGUGCGCCGGAAAGCACAAUGUGGCGUAUCAUGAACUGGACUUCGAGUCGAACGUCACCCCCAAGCGAGCCACCAUCAGAAGUUCGGAGCAGCUGUCUCGGAUGGCCCUUGGGCAAGAAGGCGGAUCGACAUACCAUCUGCAUGCAGUCGAUCUGAGAGAUUUGACACAGAAGUCUCCUCCAGCUAUCCCUGGUAUCGCCCCAGAUGUACCCACGCUUCUGGUUAGCGAAUGCUGCCUUUGCUACCUGCCUCCGGAACAAGCAAUCAGUGUACUCCAAUACUUCACCAUGAAUCUUCAAGGUCCGCUUGCAAUGCUUCUCUAUGAGCCAAUAAGACCAUUCGACGCUUUUGGCAGGACCAUGGUCUCGAACCUGGCAUCGCGUGGCAUUGAGCUGCGGACCGUAAAGCGGUACUUUUCGCUUGAGGGGCAACGAGAGCGUCUGAAGUUGGCAGGAUUCAAAGACGGGCAAGGUGCAAGAGAUGUGCACGAAAUCUGGUCAAGCUCAGAGUGGAUCAGCGGAGCCGAACGUGAGCGCGUCGAAAAGCUGGAGUGGCUCGAUGAGGUCGAAGAGUGGAAGUUGCUCGCAAGUCACUACUGCAUCGCCUGGGCGUGGAGAGGCGCUUGGUUCGAACAAGUCUGGAGAGAUAUUGCGGGUGGCAGGAGUUCAUCAGAAGCGCAAGACGACGAUUUCGAGAGGAUCUAA